AUGGAUCCUUCUUUGGAUAAGGCGUUGCUUGGUAUGACUUUAGAAGAGGGUGAAGAGUCGUUCGUUAUUCCAUAUUUGCCGGAGUAUUACUCUACAGAGCGGAACGCUGUAAGUUUGGUGGGGAGAUUACUUAACCCCCAGUGUCAAAAUAUUUCAGAGGUUAUUCUGGAGAUGCCUAGGAAGUGGAGGCUUUAUGAUAGGGUUAGAGGUGUUCACACUAGUAAUCAGUGGACACUGGCAAUGGAAAGGUGGGUGGAGAGACCACCUCCAGACUAUUUGCAGUUUAUUGAGGUUUGGGUUCAGAUGCGUAAUAUUCCAGUGAACAAUUAUACGAAGGCGGCUUUAACGUCGCUAGGAGAUUUUGCUGGCCAAGUCAUUGAAGUAGCGUUUGAUCCAGAUAAACCUCAACUCAAAGACUAUAUAAGAGUCAAGGUUAAGUUUGAUCUUUCUAAACCUCUUAGGCGCUUCAAAACUGUUACUGUUCCUGGAGGAGAGGUGGUGAAAAUUCUGUAUGAUUAUGAGAGACUGCAAAAAAGAUGUUACUCUUGUCAAAGGCUAACUCAUGAACAGUCCCAAUGUCCGUUCUUUCAAGCGGCUUAUGCGCAUGCGGAGGUGAAAGGAAAAGCUAUAGAGAAUUUUCAAAGUCAGCUUGCGGAGAGAGUAAUUAAAGAGGAUGAUCCCCUUUUCGGAGUGGUGCUUGAUUCCCAAGUUGGGAUCAACCCUUUGAAUGGAUGUCCAAAAAUUGCGAAUGAAGUGCUUGAAGGAAUGAGGCAUUAUUUGUUGGAAGCUGAAGGGGCUGAGAAAUUGGCGAGAAAAGAAAGAAUCAAAUGGUCCUUAAAGGAGAUAGAACAUGAUCCCAUUGCUCAGAAGACAAUGUUAAGAUUUGAGCCGUCUCCUACCUUCACAGCUGAUCUGAACAAAGGCAAGGGUUUUGUUUUUGAUUUCCAGAAGCAAAAUGAAAAUCUCAGAAGUAUGAACUCUCCUGGAGGAAGCAAACUGAUGGCCUCUGCCUUUAGAGCAGGAAAUGCGUUAUCUAUGGAGCCAAGACUUUUGGGUUUAGCUUCUGAAGACGUUGCUUUUUCGGAGUCGGCAAGUGGUAGUUGGAAUCCUGGCGGUUCUACGGGUUAUAACAUUGGCAUCUCUGAUGCCUGUUCUUCCGGGACCAAAGGGAGGAGUGCUAUGCCAAGAAGGAGGCCGGGCUCUUUUGUAAGAAAGUGUCAAGGGAAAGUUGUUAAAUUUGUUGGUCUUAAUGAGGGGAAGAAGAAAGAUAACGUUCAUGCUGUCCCAGAAAAAAGAAAAAGUUCGAUUGAUGUGGAGACAUUUCAAUACUCGCCAAGGUCUAAGAAACAAGUGGUGGUCCCAAUUGAGGGACCGCCCAAGAUCUGA